UGAACCUCACAAGUAAUCACAACAUUGUGGCGAGCGUAGUUGGUGUGCUCACUGGCGAGUGCUUCAUCUCCCAGAAAUCCUCAUCACUAUUCACUCCUCUCUCAUGUUGCGUUCAUCAACCAGAACUUCUCUCCGUUUCUUUCGGCAGCAAAAUCAAUUUGGCAAUGUGGAUUAUGCUAUUUGGUUUCUUGACCACAUGGAUUACAUGGGAUAUCAACCCGACGCCCACACGUUUGGAACAAUUAUAAAUGGAUUGUGCAAGAUGGGCAACACCCCUGCUGCCAUUGCCAUUCUAAGGAAGACGGAAACAAGAAACCGCAAACCAAGUGUUGAUGUUGCAAGUUAUAGCACAAUUGUGGAUAGUCUUUGCAAGGAUGGGCUGGUUUCUGAGGCUUUGAGUCUAUUCUCCGAAAUGACAACGAAAGGUAUACAACCCUCUACGAUCACUUACAAUAGCUUGAUUCAAGGACUCUGUACUUUCAGCAGAUGGCAAGAGGCUGUGUCCUUACUGAGCGAGAGAAAACAAAAGGGAAUUAUGCCGGAUACGCAUACUUUUAAUAUUUUAGUGGAUGCUCUUUGUAAAGAGGGAAAGAUUUCAAGUGCUAGAGCCAUACUUGGUCAAAUGGUUCGAAUGGGAAAGGAGCCUACUGUUGUUACCUAUAACUCAAUGAUUGCUGGUUGUUGUUUCCUAAGUGAAAUGGAGGAGGCCAUGAAAGUAUUUGAUUUGAUGAUUCACAAGGGAUGCCUACCAGACGCCAACACUUAUACUACAUUAAUCCAUGGGUGGUGCAAGAUCAAAAGUAUUAAUAGGGCUAUUUAUCUCUUGGAGGAAAUGAUCAAUAAAGGAUUAAAUAUGAAUGAUUCGACUUGGAAUACUCUUAUCGGUGGAUUUUGCAGAGUGGGUAAACCUUUAGCUGCUAAAGAAUUGUUUUUUACAAUGCACAAGUUUGGUCAACAGCCUGAUCUACUGACCUGUGGGAUUCUAUUGGAUGGCCUAUUCAAAUGCCAUAUGUCUUCUGAUGCAAUAUCGUUAUUUAGAGAAAUGGAGAAGAAUAAUUUGGAUCUUAAUAUUGUAACUUAUAGUUUGGUGAUGAAUGGGAUGUGCCAAGCUGGAAAACUAAAUGAUGCACGUGAACUCUUCUCCUGUCUGCCAGCAAAAGGCUUGAAGCCUGAUGUAUAUACUUAUACAAUAAUGAUCCAAGGUCUUUGUAGGGAAGGACUUUUGGUUAAUGCUGAAGAGUUACUGAUCAAUAUGGAAGAGGAUGGCUGCCUGCCAAAUUCCUGCACAUAUAAUGUCUUCGUCCGUGGAUUACUGCGACAAAAUGAUGUUCCAAAGUCAAUAAAAUAUCUUCAGAUUAUGAAAGACAAAGGUUUUUCUGCAGAUGCCACCACUGUGAAAUUGCUUAUAGGUCACUGCUCUGUCCACAAUGCUUUUCAAGAAUUUGUGCAGAAGAUUAUUUGAAUAUAUAAAUAUAACCUAUUAGUUCAUUAUUUGAAUAGAGGAUUUGAUGUUUCAGAUGUUGCAUAACAUAUUCUGUAUUACUUGGUUGUUUAAUUUUGAGGCUUUAGAUUGGGAUAAGUUUGUCUGGACUUUCUGAACAAUAUGAAACUGAUACUUCCAUGUUCCUCUUUGUUUGCAAAUUGGCUA